AUGGCCGCGAUUAUCGGCCAGUCCGCGUUCGUCCGCGUCGCCCCCAAGGCUGUCGCCAAGGCGCAGCGCGUCAACACCAAGCGCGCCGUGGUGUGCUCCGCCGUCAACGACGAGCGCGACGCCUCGAAGGCUGCCGCGGUCGCCGCGGCCGCGGCUGUCGCGCUGUCCACGGCCUCCCCCGCGCUGGCCAUCUCCGCGCGCCUCGAGGGAACCGAGACCGCCAGGCUCAUCGAGGAGGCGCAGGUCUCCAAGAAGAAGCCCGCUGCGGCACCCGCGAAGGCUGCCGUGAAGACUGCGCCCGUUCCGAAGACCGCCGCUCCCGGGGCCCAGUACCCCAAGCCCGGCAACGCCAAGGCUGAGAACGCGGACCUCCGUCUGCCCGAGGUUAAGUUGGCGGUGCCUGAGCCCACGAAGGCCGCCAAGCCCGCGCCCGUGACCAAGGCGACCGUGAAGGCGCCCAAGCCCGCCGUGGGCAAGCCCUCGGCCCCGGUGAUCCCCAAGAAGGCCACCGCGCCCAAGCCCGCCGCGGUCAAGCCCGCCGCUCCCGAGAAGGCUGUCGUCAAGACGGCUCCCGUUCCCAAGACCAGCGCUCCCCGCAUCGACGCGAAGCAGGCCAAGGCUAAUCUCGCCGAGCUCAAGGUUGAGGCUCCCACCGCGACGAAGGGCGGCAAGGGCAUGCAGCUCGCCAAGGAGGCGCCCAAGACGAGGCUCGAGAAGUACGCCGCGGCGGGCGGCAUCGGUGGCGCCGGUCUCGCGGGCCUCCUCGGUGCGGGCAAGGCGGCGGGUAAGGCGGCGGCGGCGAAGGGAGCCGCGGGCAAGGCGGCGGCGGCGGCCACUCAGGCGGACGCGCUCGAGGCGGCGGCCGUAUUGGUGGCCGGUGGUGCGGUUGGACAGACGGGAACCUCCAUCAUCACCAAAAACUCGCGCAUCCGCAAGAUUCGCAUCACCCCCAAGGGCGAGCUCCCGCUUCCCCUGCAGACGGCGGCGGCCUUGGCGGUGCCCGCGUCCUUCCUCUUCACCCUCGUCACCAUCCUCGCAUCCCUGUGA